AUGUUUUCGUUAGGGUGGGGGGAGGAGGGAGGUGGUUGGCAGUGGAGGCGGAGGUUGUGGGCAUGGGAGGAGGACCUCCUUGUGGAGUGUAGGUUAUUACUUGCUAAUGUUUCUUUGCAGCCUCUUUCUUAUGAUGUGUGGCAGUGGCAACCGGACCCUGGUCAAGGGUACACAAUUCGUGGUGCUUAUGCUUUACUUACUUCUCAAGAGGAGCAGCAGGAUAGCCUUUGUGAGGAUUUGGUUUGGCACAAACAGGUUCCUCUUAAGGUGUCUAUUUUUGCUUGGAGAUUGAUUCGAGACAGACUCCCUACCAAGUCCAAUUUAGCUUCCCGUGGUAUUUUGAGUUCAGAGGCAUGUUUAUGUGUGUCAGGGUGUGGUUUAUUGGAAGACGCUCGACAUUUAUUUUUGUCUUGCAGAUUUUUUGGUUUAUUAUGGCCGCUGGUGAGAUCUUGGAUAGGUUUUGAUGGUGUUGAUCAUUGCGACAUAUCAAAUCAUGGUGCACAUUUUGCUUUUUACACAGGAGGUCUGAAAGCCAGGCGAUCAUUUCUUCAGCUUAUUUGGUUAUUGACGGUGUGGGUUAUAUGGAAUGAAAGGAAUAAUAGGAUUUUUAAACAAAAAGAAAGUUCUUUAUUGCAAUUAUUAGAUAAAGUAAAGUAUCAAUCUUUGUGGUGGCUGAAAGCUAGUAAGGUGGUUUUUGUGUUUGGUGAUCAGAUGUGGAUGUCGAAUCCAUUGUCUUGUUUAGGCAUUGCCUAA